AUGGCGCCAUCAUCAACUGCUGCGAUGUUCUUGGCCGUCCUGCUCACAGCCAAGCUAGCGAAUUCCUCCGUCUCCUACGACCCUCCCAAGAAGCUUCCUCAUGGUUCCCCCUCUCAGAUUAUGCUUGGGUUGAUGAUCUGUGCUGCAGGUUUCAUCAGCAUCGACUGUGGCUAUGGCGAGGGCUUGAGCUACCAGGACUCGUCGUCGAGGCUCACCUACGUCCCCGACGCCGGCUUCGUCGACGCCGGCGAGGGGCUCAACGCCGCCGUGCGGCCACCGUACGUCGAUAGGGGUCUGGCCGACCGGUAUCUCAACGUCCGCUGCUUCCCCACCGUCACGGGCGGCGGCGCGACGCGCAGCUGCUACACGCUCCGGCCGGUGGCGCAGGGAAGCAGGAACCUCGUCCGGGCCAGCUUCUACUACGGCAACUACGACGGGCGGAGCGCGCUCCCGGCGGCCUUCGACCUCCACCUCGGCGUCAAUCUCUGGGCCACCGUCAACGUCACCUCCGCCGAAGGCGUCUACAUCUUUGAGGCCUUGGCCGUGUCGCCGGUCGACUUCAUGCAGGAUUAA